UGUGUGUGUGUGUGGCUCCCAGGCUCCGUGGGAAAGCUCCAGCAGAGGAGGAGGAGGAGGAGGAGGAGGAGGACACACCGGUCACCAGUAGGCUACAGUCUGCAGCCGACACACGGGCCACCUGCCCCGGACUACUUACCGGACACACACCGCUGGAAACACAGCUCCUGGAAGCUCCUGAGAAAUGAUUUUACACUGAAGACCUUUUUUUUUUAUUUUUAACUUUUACUGACUUUAGAAACUAAAAACAGUUAGACGGGAAGAUUUGCACCGUGUUCACACGUUUCUUCGUUUGCUGAUGUCGGAAAACGUAUUUUAAAAAGUCGUUUUUGACUGAGGAAUCAUUAAUUUCAUCAAUUUUGCAAGAGGAAAGACUUUUGUGGCUGUCAGCUUUUCUUUCUGGGAGGGAAACUAACCUGAAUCAGCUCCUGGAUUAAACAAACACACUCCUGUAACACCUCAUCAGGAACUUGAAGGGGAAGAAACUUUAUUUUGAACUUUAAUAAACCUCCACGUCUCCCCCCGGGGAGAGACAGGCAGCCCUCCCCGCCGUCCAUGCGCCAUGAAGCGGCCGUGUGAGGACAGCAGCUCGGCGGAGAGUGACGUGGAGGAGACCAUUGAUGUGGGCAGUGAGAGCGUCUAUCCGGGGCACGUGAAAGCAUCUUUUAUAAGAUGCGGAUCACCGACCACGACCACUCAAGUGAUGGCGAGGAAAAAACGCAGAGGGAUUAUCGAGAAGAGACGCAGAGACAGGAUCAACAACAGUCUGCUGGAGUUACGGAGGCUCGUCCCCACAGCGUUCGAGAAGCAGGGUUCAGCUAAACUGGAGAAGGCAGAGAUUCUGCAGAUGACUGUGGACCAUCUGAAGGUGCUGCAGGCGACGGGAGGGAAAGGUUAUUUUGACGCCCACGCUCUGGCCCUGGACUUCCUGUCUCUGGGUUUCAGGGAGUGUGUGACGGAGGUUUCCCGCUACCUGAGUGCCGUGGAGGGCCUGGACUCCAGCGACCCGCAGCACUCCCGCCUCCUCUCCCACCUCACCUCCUGCGCCUCGCAGCGUGACGCCGCCGCCCUCACCAUGACCUCCCACUCGCCCCAUCACCACCACCAGCAGCCUCCCCCUUUACCCCACCCCUUCCACUCCCAUCACUGGGCCGCUGCAGCCGCUGCCGUCGCCACCGCUGCUGCGUUUCGGCCUCUGCCGGCCACCGUGGCGCCGUACGGACUGAGCGGGCUUCCUGUUUCUCCUGAUGCCGGAGGAGGUGGAGCCCCCCGGAGGCUGGUGGAGUUGUCACAACGCAGUGCAGCCUCCUCCUCCUCCUCCUCCUCCUCCUCUUCCUCGUCUCUCAUGCUCCCCUGCACCCCCACUCCUCUCUCCGCCUCCCUCCUCUCCCUCUCUGCGUCGUUUCCCAUCACCCUCCACGGAGGUCUCCCCAUCCUCCCUCCCUCCUCCUUCACCUCCACCACCACCAGUCCUCCCAUCUCCUCUUCCUCCUCCUCCCCCUCCUCCUCCUCCUCCUCCUCCUCCUCCCAGACUCCUCACAGCAGCAGCAGUAAACCCUACAGACCGUGGGGAACUGAGGUCGGCGCUUUCUGACUGCUGAUUUUGCUGCCGACUGACCUCUGACCUGUUGACCAACUGACAGUUUUAACAGCCUGGAAAACCCUUUUUACCGACUGGUUUCAACACUUGACCCAAGCAAAUAGUUCUAUUAACCUGUUAACCUUUGAGGUGUUUUUGUGCAAGCUGGAAAACGUGAUUUUUUUCGACCAGUUCUGAAACUUCUGCCCAGAGAACAGAAAAUCACAGUUUAAUUAGCUGCCUUUCCUCUUUCUAUCCAGAAUUACUGAACUGUUUUAACAUGUUUUACCAACUUCAGCAGAUGUUUUGUUCACAGGAGAUUUACUCCACAAAGUGACACUCGUUUAUGAAAUGUUACGAGAAACUAAAACAAACUGAACAAACUAUGUUUAACCUUAAACCCCUGUAGACUGGACCUCCACCGAACCCACUGAGAGAAUCUCCCAGAAAGACCAUAUGUGACCUGUUGGCUUCUCUACACAUCUAUUAUUGUUUAACCAGAAUAAGUCUGGUGAUAUUCUAUAUUUUUGGUUUUGUCAACAAAUCCCAUGCGCAGACCCAAACCAGCAGUGUGAAUCACAGCCUGAUGGAUCUUCUUCCUCCACUGUCGUCCAGAAACCGUUAAAACUCAUCAGCGAGCCGCUCUGUUGUUCCUUCAUCACCAUGAACACACACACUGUAGUUUAUUCUGACUCAGCCCCACACACACCGUCCUGCUGCCCCAAACACUCACUACAGCACCACAUGUGGAUUCAUCCGCCGCUGGAAAUAGUCCCCAACAGAUGCUCUGUUUCCUCCUGUUGGUCUGAUAAAAACUACAGCGAGCAGCUGUUUGAGGAAACUACUGAGCCUUUUUUUAAAUAAUGAAACUGUCUGUGAGGCCUUUUUAGAUAUUAUUGUCUUCAGUAGGAACAAAUGGAGACAAAGUUUUGAGAGACGGAUGAACACGUUGUUGGUUUGGGUCUUUUCGUGGGAUUUUUUGACAAAAACAAAACUUUACUGAAACACCGACCAUGUGACAAAAACCAAAGUCUGCCUCUGAGAUAAUCACUUCACUGAUGUUUAUUCAAACUAACAAGAAUGGACACUUAAAGAGAACCUAUUACGAGAAUAAACCAACGUUUCCACGGCAGACCUGCCAAAACCAGUACAGUCUCAGACAGCUGUAUGUGCAGACUGGUGUAAACUGGGAUGAAGAUUAACAUAAUAACAGCGACGGUGACUGUAAUGUUGUACUUCAGUAACUUACAAACUGACACGCUGAAUCACACUAAACCCUUUCCCACUUUUUUUUUUAUUAUCUGUGGUUUUCAUGUAAACUGUCACUGGAUGUACCAUCCAACCUCUCUGAUUCUCUGUGUGCCUUUUUACAAAUAAAGAUGAAGUAACAAUA